CCCUCGCCAUUUUACGUCAAAGCCAAACCCAAUCAAGUUAGCUUCUGUCAGUCGCUGUGUUUGUGUACAGUGUUGUGAAAAAUUAUCUGUGUCGAUGAAUAUCAAUGGGAAAUCGUGUUGAUUGCGACUCCAAACGAUGGGUCGAUCUAUGUGUUUUUGGUUCUGAUGCACCAUUCGAUCUGUGAUGAUGGCCAAGUGUUUGAUGAAGUGAAGUGUUUGUGUCGUAUGCUGGCCAGUAACGGCAACAGUGAAAUCCAUUCUCUGGAUAAAUCGUCCUCACGACGACGUCGGAUUAUAUAGCAGGAAGGUGACCCACCAUGUCGGCCAAAGGCGUUCCCGGAGAUAAGAUAAAUCUACGGCUCAUCCUGGUCUCCGGCAAGACGAAGGAGUUCGUGUUCAGUCCGGUGGACUCGGCGGGCGACAUAGCCAUACACGUCUACGACAACUGGCCGGAAGCCGACUGGGCGACCGAAUGCGUUUCCCGCGCGGAGAUCCUCCGUCUAAUCUACCAAGGCCGCUUCCUGCACAGUUCGGUGACCUUGGGCGCGCUGGGGCUCCCCCUCGGCCGCACCACAGUCAUGCACCUUGUGCCGCGCGAGCACCUCCCCGAGCCCAACUCACAUGAUCAACGACAAAAGAGUAAAGGCGGCUCCAGCAGUUGUUGUUCGCCUUCGUGCUGCAUAUUGUAAUGUCACAUCGGGCGUCGACGGGUGCGGGGCGGGGCGCGGGACUCAAUGUGUUCAGUGAUGUAGACGCGCGAGCGAGUCAAAUCUCCUUGCGAUGUUUUUAAACGGAGGCGCGAGCGCGACGAAUAGAAAAACGCAUCAAAUAAUUAUCGUCAAUUCAUUAUUGCAUCAUCAUGCACAAAAUUGUAUAUUUCGACUAUAGCGCACACGGGCGGCCGCUUUGUUUAAAGAUAUCGCAGGUACCAGUCGCUGUUUUAUUUCCAAAUUCAGGAUAGCUUAAGCGAUUGUGUAUCUCACCGCGUAAAUUAUAACUCGUUUAGAUAUCGUGCUGCCGAACUUUUAGUUAGUUGGUAAGUGAGUCGGAGUUAUUGCGGGGACAGGACUAUGAACACGCGUCGCAGCAACGUCUGUCCCGUUUGCCGAAACAAAUCUUUAGUAUUAUAAUUUAGGCCAUUAUAUGAAUUUAUAUAACGUUACUAUGAAGAUAUUUAUAAAAAGGAAAUGACAAAUUAAGUAGUAAAAGGAAAGGAGUGAAAAAAUUACUCUCAUUUGCUGUAAAUAGUAUAUUUGAUAAUUCAUUAAGAAGGCGUAUUCGGGAUUAUUGAUUUGUGAUAAGUUCUUGCAAUAAAUUGGACUUUUUUAGUAUAAUUAUUUAAAAUACUAUUCACUGCGCUAGCUGUAGCAUGUAACCAAAUCGGAUGAAACUCACGCAUAAUAAAUUGGAAAUUCACGAACACGGCGACUGUACGGUAGCUAACAUUGGUAAAUUUUAGUAGUUUCAAUGGCUUUGUGUACCGAGGCUAUAAAAUCUAUUAGGAAAUAAAUCGGUUUGAUAUACACUUAACUUGGCAGAGUCUGCUUAUACUAACUGCCAAAUAAAAUGAAACAACAGCUCUGUGUCCUGGUCACUCAAUGUCAUUUUAUAUUACCAACCCCCGCUCGCGCAGUUUAAAAUUGAGAUUGAAAUACCAAUUAGCGAGCAAAGUACCUAGUAUGUGAAAAGCCGGAAUUUUCCAUACUUUUGUAGUUGCAGAUCCUUUCAGUUUCAGUUAUCAUGAAUUAAUCGCGCUCGUAACGAAUCAACUGCAGAUAUCUAAUGACUCGUUUAGCUACAAUGUGUCUGAAAUAUGCGUUGACUACAUUUUAUUUGGCUUAAUUCAAUAGACUGUUUGCGAUCAGCACUUUGCCAGUUUCAAACGAGUUCAGCGUUACCAGAACCCAAUAUUCUUUUUGUAAAUAUAUUAGAACUCUUUAUUUUAUAGUUUUACAUCACACAUUAUAGUUAUUCUUUAUUGGCAUUUUAUAUCUUAGCUAUAAAAUAUUUUUGUUUUAAUUGGCAUAAGAUAUUGUUUUAAAUAUUAUUUUGGCUUGGCCUUUUCGUUGUAAGCUUGCAAAUAGAAAAUCCUCAGUAAUUGUAAGCCAGUUAGAAGUAACCAGCCGUUUUGUUAACGCGAACAUUUUGUGAUAGUACAAAUUACAUUUGGGAUCUGUUUGCUUUGAUGAACAGUGAAACAGUAUUAGUUUGCAAGGCGAGUCGACUGUCUUGCCAUCCACACACGGGGACUGAAGAAAAUGAAUGAAUGUAGCGACACGGAGGGAUCGUGCUAUCAGUCGUUUCUUUUAUAAUAACUCUAAUGUGAAUUCAUCGUAGCACUAAAUAGUUCUUUAGUAAUUGCCAAGAUGCAUUUCACAAUAAACUGUUCUUCAAUUCUAAUUUGUUUAUUUUUUUUUUUGAUAACACAGUCCAAUAAAUUCUGCAUGUAGUUGGGCACAUCUAAUUUUUUUUACAAAUAACGGUUGCAUAGAAUAUCCCUUCUGUUCGCAUCACGAGGUCCGAUGCAGUAUGAAUGGUUACAUUUGGUUGCUCUGUUUAGUUGCUGUAUGUAUGUAUUUUGUUAAGUUGUGUAAAAUACCUAGUUUAUAAAUAAAUGAUACAAAUUUA